AUGAAGUUGGGUGCUUCAUUUUUGUUUAUGGGUUUGGUUUCUAUGUUCUCUUUUGUGUCUUCUGCCAUGGUGGCCUCAAAUGAAGUUUGGGCGCUUAAAGCCUUCAAAGAAGCUGUGUAUGAAGAUCCACAUAAGGUUUUGUCCAAUUGGAAUGCUUUGGAUUCAGAUCCUUGUGAUUGGAAUGGAGUUUCGUGCACCGGAAUUCGAGAUCAUGUCAUCAAGCUAAACAUAUCAGGGGCAUUACUAAGAGGGUUUCUUGCGCCAGAAAUCGGGAAAAUAACCUACUUGCAAGAAUUGAUCUUACAUGGUAACAAUCUCAUUGGAAUAAUACCGAAAGAAUUGAACGCGUUGAAAUCUCUCAAGGUGUUGGAUUUGGGAAAGAACCAGUUAUCAGGACCAAUUCCUCGUGAGAUUGGAAAUUUGACCGAAAUCGUGAAAAUAAAUCUGCAGUCCAAUGGUUUGACUGGUAGGUUACCUUCGGAGCUUGCGAAUUUGAAAUACCUUCAAGAACUUCGGCUUGAUAGAAAUAAGCUUGAAGGGCCUGUUCCUGCUACUAGCACUUCAAAUUUUUCUUCGAAUAUGCAUGAAAUGUAUGCAUCAAAUGCGAAUUCGACUGGCUUAUGUCGUUCGUCGCUUAAAGUUGCGGAUUUUUCAUAUAACUUUUUAGUUGGUAGCAUACCGAAAUGUUUGGAGUAUCUUCCAAGAACUAGCUUUCAAGGGAAUUGCCUCCGUGUCAAAGACGUAAAACAGCGGACGAAAGUUCAAUGUGCUGGAGCUUCACCUGCUCAAGGUCAUCCAGUAGUGAAACCAAAGCACCAAUCGAAAGCCGAACAUAUACCAAAGCAUCAAGGAGGUUCAAAACCUGCUUGGCUUUUGGCUAUAGAAAUAGCGACUGGGACCAUGGUUGGUUCUCUCCUUCUGAUUGGAAUUUUCACUGCUGUCCAGAGGUGUAACAAAAAAGCAUCCAUCAUUAUUCCUUGGAAGAAAUCCGCAAGCGAGAAAGAGCAAAUCGCAGUAUAUAUAGACUCGGAGAUGUUGAAAGAUGUCAGGAGGUAUAACAGACAAGAGCUUGAGGUUGCUUGUGAAGAUUUCAGCAACAUAAUCGGAUCCUCACCGGAUAGUGUCGUCUACAAAGGUACAAUGAAAGGUGGACCUGAGAUUGCUGCAAUUUCCCUAUGCAUCAAGGAAGAGAAUUGGACUGCACACCUUGAACUUUAUUUUCAGAGAGAGGUAGCAGAUUUGGCAAGGUUAAACCACGAAAACACGGGAAAACUACUAGGAUAUUGUAGAGAAAACGCUCCAUUUACACGAAUGCUAGUUUUUGAUUAUGCGUCAAACGGAACACUUUAUGAACACCUACAUUGUUAUGAAGAAGGGUUCCAGUUAUCUUGGACACGGCGUAUGAAAAUUAUCAUAGGCAUUGCUCGUGGACUGAAGUAUUUGCACACUGAAAUUGAUCCUCCAUUCACUAUCUCAGAGUUGAAUUCAAACGCCGUAUACCUCACAGAAGAUUUUUCCCCCAAGCUGGUUGAUUUUGAAAGUUGGAAGACGAUUCUUGAAAGAUCAGAGAAAAAUUCCGGUUCUGUUAGCAGCCAGGGUGCAGUAUGUAUUCUUCCAAACUCCCUUCAAGCGCGCUACCUUGAUACCAAAGGAAACAUUUAUGCUUUUGCAGUACUUGUACUUGAGAUUAUCAGUGGGAGAUCUCCGUAUUGCCAGGAUCGAGGAUACUUGGUAGAUUGGGCGAGAGAUUAUCUUGAAAUGCCAGAAGUAAUGUCAUAUUUGGUCGAUUCCGAGUUGAAGCAUUUCGGAUACGAUGAUCUCAAAGUAAUAUGUGAGGUGGUAACUCUUUGUAUUAGUCCUGACCCUAAUGUAUGUCCAUCAAUGCAUGAAUUAUGCAGCAUGCUGGAAAGCCGAAUCGACACAUCGAUAAGCGUGGAGCUCAAAUCUUUAGCUUGGGCUGAGCUAGCACUUUCAACAUAA